AGUUUCUGUUCAUCUAAAAAACACACAUAAACAACACAAAAUCUAAACUCUGUUCACUUGAUUAUUAUUAGAACUUGAAAAGAAAAUGGAGUCCAUUAAGCAGAGCUACCAACAAGGAAAAGCCAGGAGUGAGGCACAGCAAACGACAGAGAACAUGAUGGACAAGGCAAGCAAUGCAGCUCAAUCUGCUAAAGAGGGCAUGCAAGAGGCUGGCCAGCAAAUGCAGGCAAAGGCACAAGGAGUUGCUGAUGCUGUGAAGGAUGCAACCGGGAUGAACAAAUGAACUUUGAAGACAUCAUUGUGAAUUUGUGAUGGACUUUGAGUUAAAAAUAAUCCCUCUUAGGUUCAUUUAUUUGAUUAGAAACAAAAAUGUUGUUCCAAUUUUU